UUGCUUCUUCCAUUUUAUAUACAUGGUCGUUUCUCUUUUCAAGAAUACAAAAAGAAAACUGAAUUAGAGCAGUAAGUAUUUCGUAACAAUGGCUUCAGAGAAAGCAAGAAGAGAUAUUCAUAUCAAAGGUGUUGCUAUUGGUCCUGGACAUGAGGGCCAAAGCCUUACGCUUCAUUCUCAACCUGCUAAAGUUGGAGGGCUCGAGUUCUCCAGUGGGGGAAUGCAACAAGAGCAAAUGCAAAAGCAAGAGGGUACAGAGGAGAGAAAAGCUCCAUCUUUGGAGGAAAUUGCACAGCAGAGGGCAACUGCACAACAGAAUUCAAUGGAUGCGUUGACAGCUGCUGAAGAGCGGUAUCAAAAGGCUAAGGAAUUGGGGGCGUCUGCAUUGCAUGAUGCGAAAGAAUCGGCGAGUCAUGGGCUUGGCGCUGCUGGUUAUUAUGCUACGGCGAAAGGUGUACAAGCCAAAGAUAGUGUUACUCAUGGUGUUCAAAUUGGACCUGAGUAUGUUGCUGACAAGGCUGGAGCUGCCAAGGACACCACCCUUGACAAAGGUGCACAAGCCAAAGACACUAUUGUGCAUGGUGUUCAAAUUGGAUCCGAGUACGUCGCGGACAAGGCUGGAGCUGCCAAGGACACUGUUCUUGAGAAAAGUCAGCAAGCUUAUGCUGCAACUGCAGAUACCCUUACAAGUGCAGGACAAACUGCUGUGGAAUCAGCACAGAAGGCAAAAGAUUACACCCUGCAAAAAGCAGGGGAGACAAAAGAUUAUGCUGCCGAAAAAAUCAGUACUGCAGCUCAGUCAACAACUAAUUAUGCUGGCGAAAAGGCUACACAAGCCAAACAGACUGCAGCAGAACUAAGUAAGACGGCUGCAGAGAAGACCAAGAAUGCAGCAAGUUAUGUUGGCCAGAAAGGUGUCGAAGCUAAAAACGCUACAGUGGAAACAGGAAAAAGCGCGGUAGGAUAUGCAGGGGAAGUAGCUGAAACUGCGAAGGAUGAAACAGAAAUUGCUGGUUUAGGGGCUGCACAUUAUACUGCUAAAGCAGCUGCAGAGGCAACCAAAGCCACGGCUGGUGUUGUUUCUAGGGCUGCAGGGUAUGCAGGAGAGAAGGCGGUCGCGGCGAAGGAUGUGGUAGCUGAUGCUGGAAAGAGCGCCGUGGGAUAUGCAGGGGAUAAAUUAGCUGCUGCUAAAGAUUAUGUAGUUUCAGCUGAAGAAAGUGCAGUAGAUUAUACAGCUAGAAAGAAAGUAGAAGCUGAGAAACAAUUAGAAGGAGAAAGCGAAGGCGGAGUCAUUAGUGUGGAAAAGCGCGAAGUAAAGGAGAGGGGAGAAGAGAGCAAGCAAGUGCAGCAGCAGGGAGGAGGGGUGCUACAAGCUAUUGGGGAAACUAUAGCUGAAAUAGGGAAGACUGCCAAAGAUUUUGUUGCUGGCAGUGGCCAGUUUGAGGGGAGUGAACCAGUGGGAAUAGAGAAGAGAAGUCAAUCACAAUGAAAUGGCUGAGUUGGCGCAUGCUUUUGGUUUAAGUGUUUCCAGUCCUUUUUGAGAAGGUUGUCUGGUUAGGGGAAUGCUUCAUAAUAGUUAUAAAAGGGUCAUAAGUACAUACAUAUUUUGUUGUUACAAGUGCAAUUUCUGUAUGAGUCCUGAUUGUGCAACUUCUUUUGUUAUUAGUGAAAACUUUUGCAAGUG